ACAGAUUUUUCAGAGCGUCAACUUCAUAUCGAUAUUUUUAUUUUAUUCCACUAAAACAACAGCAAAAUUUACAAAACAAUAAUAAUAUUUUUUCAUCCGGUACCAGCAAAAAUAACUCAAGAAGGAGAACUCAAGUACAACGCGCUUACCGUUUCACAUAAGGAUACUGCGAAGUGAGAUUGGAUUGCUUGGACGGCUCUGACGUAUAGAAGGAACAACGCUCCUAUUGGUUAGGGACGAGCCCAAAAUAAGACAACGGUCGAAAGCUCAUCAAUCAUGGAUUCCGAGGAUGAGGCUGUCUUCAUGUUUAGCUGCGAAUCAUUCGAAUCAUGUGCAGCUAUGCCCCCGGAUCUGACGGGGGGAUUGCUGGACUGCGAGACUGCGGCAUACGCGUCCGAUGCAUCGCCAGCGACCAGCGUCGUGCAGGAGGAAGUAUCCUCAUCCGUAUCGCAUGGGGAGAGCAAAGCAGUGUCUGGCGCGUUGAAUGAGCCAACAGAUUCGGACGACUCGGUUGAGAUGCCGCUGAAGAAUGCGAAGAAUUGGAACUUUGUGGAGCACUUCAAGAAGGACCCGAAUGGCUUCCUGCAUGAAAUUGUCGAACGCUAUGUCCACCUGAACAAUGUGGUCUUGAGGAAAAGUAAUUUGGCCAAGCGGGCCGCUGAACAGUCAAAAAUUGACAGGCAGCAGUUGUUGGAGGAGAAGAAGCUGACCAGCGAUAUGCGCCAAGAGCUGGAGGACUGCAAAAAGAGUCUCGAGGAGGCGAACGCUAACUGCCGCAGCCUGGCCGUUGAGAGUCAGCAUUAUCUGCUGGAAUUGGAUCACACCAGAGAACAGUUCUACGAUGAACGUUCCGAUGACUUGAUGAAGCCCGGUGGAGGAGGGGAUGUGCCCGGCAACAUUCAGAAAUACAAAAGGUUGUGUACGGCCCUCAAAACCGUGCUCGAUCGGAACCAAGCCGUUAUUCAGGAGUUGCAACGGCGCAACGAAAAAUUAGAGCUUGAUGCCGCUUCCAUGGCAUCGGCACCUUCACCAGCACCGCCAUCAGUGAUCAAUGAAAUGAAUCAGAAUCUGAGCGCGGAAAAUGCCGCGCUUAAGGAAGAGCUGAAGUUCUACAAGAAGCAUUUCUUUGAUGACAACGCCGAGGUGUUGCAGAAAAACAACGAACUGCAGGCGGAGCUCACGCAGAUGCAAACAACUUGCGAGACUCUGAAUGCUGCCAAUGAGAAGCUUUCGACUGAAAUGGGGAUCUACAGGGAGUCGUUUUACAAGAGCAAAUCAAAGGGCAAGGACGAAUUGAAGGCAUUCUGUCUGGAUAUUCAAAACGAACUCGUGGAGAGUAAGCAAACGGUUGAGAAAUAUCGUUUGAUGAACGAGAAGCUGACCGACAAAGUGGCUGACAUGAAAAUUAUGAUCAGCCGCAUGGAUAUCCAUGCGAAGGGACUCCAGGUGGCGCUCAAAAUUAACACUGAACUUGAGAAGCGUGGGCUUGUGCGGAAGCCAAGGCCAAAGAGCUACUCGAAAGUGUGA